AUGAAUACAACCGAAUUGAGAAUAAGUAAGUCUUUUAUUAGAGAACGAUAAUCUCUUAUACCUAGAUCAGAAUCAAAACUUUUCAAUUGUUAAAAUCUACGUUAUCAUUUUCUUAAAAAAAUAGCAUCAAAUUGA